AUGGUUGCCUCUACUUUUGAAUCAGUCAAAGACAAUACAAAUACUCAUAAUUUCAAAUCAAUUCUUACACCAUCCUCAACAAAUUCCAAUAAAAAUCAGUUAUUUAAAUCAAUUGCAGCUAUAAAUAACUCAAAGUUUCAAGUAAUAAAGUAGCAGUCUUCAGAAAAUAACACUUAUUUCUCCAAUAUGACUCACAAUCAAUCACCUUACAGACAAGAUAAUGCUAAAAAUAAUCAAUACUAAUCAAUAAUCUUGUAGAAUACUGAUAAUAGAGAUGAAAUAGCAAAAAGAUAGGACAGUCAAUCAAGUUUUAAUUAUCAAUAAAUCAGUUCAAUUCCAAUUAAUGCUCAAUAUUUGCAUCAUAAAAUGUCUGCUUAGGUCUCGCAAAUAUUACCCACAAUAAUUAGUUAAACAUCUUCAACCCCGAAUCUGUUUCAAAAUGAGUCUUAUUUUAGAACGAUAAGCAUUGAUAAUCAGAAUAAUUAGAGAACAGCAAAUCAGAGGCCAACUAUCCCAAUUAAAUUUAUGAGUACAAUGCAAUUAAACAAUGAUAAUGACAGCAGGAAAAAUUUGAAUGAUGGCAUAAAAUCUCUCAAGUUUAAAUCUAUACGAAUACCUUAAUACUCAGGCUAAAAGGUUGAAAGCAUAUUGCCUUUAAGAUAAAAAAAUAAACAAAAUAAAACACCAAAAACCAAGUUCGAGUAGGAUUUGAUUUUCAGCAAACUUCAAAAGCCUACUCUCUCUAAAGCUAAAAAGGUAUUGGAUAAAAGGCCACUUAUUUCAAUGUAUACUAAGACUCAAAUCAUUUAAAAUAAUUAGAAUGACAACGAUUAUUAAAAUGAUCAAGCAUAUUAAGAUUAGGUCCUACUCUAGUAAUAUGAAGACUAGUAAGAGCAAAUUCCUAAAUUUGUUAUCACUCAACCUCUAUCUCUAAAAAGAGAAUAAGUUAUAAGCGCUUUCCUUGAUAAACGACAGAAACCUGAUCCAUAAUAAGAUUCUUUAUCUAAGAAAAAUAGUCAUCAUGCAAGCUAUUAAAAAAUAGUCCUACCUGCAUCAUCUGCAAUAGUAAAAAGAGUUACUAACUUUGAAAAAGAUGUCUUGUCAAGCCUAUUAAAUCAGUAUGAUCAAGAUAACUUAGAUAAAAUAAAUAGGGAAAUUGAGCUAAAUAAGGCUUCAAAGCAUGAUAAACUUAUUUAGUUAAUAAAUCAUUGCUAGUCUAAUACUCUUGACUAUAUCAAAGAGCCAUAAAAGAAAACUGAGGAGUAAUUGGAAAAAUUAUAAAAAGAGAUAGAAUACUAUAACCGAUCUAAAAAGAGCAGAUUGACUAUGAUUGAUGGUAUAAGUGUAAAUGGAAAUCAGAUAGACUUUGAUCCCAAUGUAAUAAGACCUUAGUAAAAUAUAUAAAAGUUGAAGUCUAAGCAGCAGUCAAUUUUAGAUGAAUAGAAGGAAGACAACUUGACUGAAUUGCAAGAUAAAGAGUAUUAAAUUGAUCUAAGAAAAAAUAUUAUGAAGUAAAAUAACAUCAGACAAGCAUUUAAGCUGAUAGAGUAUGAUGAAACUGAUGUUAAUAAAGUACCAGUCGUAAAUACUAUUGAAAAAGAAGAGAUAUUAAGCUAAGAAGAGGAUAUAGAUUAAGCAAACAUAAGAGUCAAAGCUAUGGAAAAGUAUAUUGACAAAGCCCAUUGUCAUAUUAAAGAAACAUUUUAAAAGACUUAAAAUGACGUAGCUACCUUAGAGAAUGAAAAACUGAAGACUGAUUUUAGAGUUGAUUAAGAAGCUUUGAAUCCAGUAUUAGCAUAAAAACUUGAAGAAAUUUGUGAGAAGAUAAAAUUUGGUGAUACAUUGCAAGUUUAUAAGUUACUCUAGUUUGGCUAAUCUGCCUUGCAUAUUGCUGUAAAAAGAAGACAGUAUGCAGUUAUAGAUGUGCUACUUCACUUUAAUGCAGAUCCAUUCAAUAAUCUUAAUAAUCUAUUAAAAUCUCCUUAUAAAUUGGCUUUAAAAAUCGGUGAUGUCAGAAUCCUAGAUAUGUUCAAUGAAGUUAAGAAUGAAACAUAUCCUUUUAAUCACAGCAAAUUUGAUUCACUUCAGUAUCUAGACUCAAUUAGAGCUCCCGAGCAGAUAAAAUUCUAGAAGCACUAAGAAAUGAUCUCACAAUUCAAAGUGGACCUGGAGGAUGAAAGGAAAAAGAAAGAAGAGUACGACAAAAAGAGACUUAAUGGUUAAACCAAAGAUAACAAUUAUCCAGCUGAUGUAAAUAGCUCAUCUAAGGAGCUCAAAUUUAGUGGGCUUAAAGUCUGGUGA